GUCGCCGAGGACCGGUAAGUCCGGCGCAGGGAUGCGGUCGGGGACCGCACUCUGAGGUGCGGUCUGGAAAGGUGACACAGAUUUUUCCUUCCAAAAUGACUUUCCGAGCUCUGUUUUUGUGUCUGGCUUGUGCUGGGUUUGGAAAGGCAAUUGUGGUGCCACAGGAUGAACACAGAAAAGUGAAAGUAGGAGACAACGUGACUCUCAGCUGUGCCCUGACAGAGCCCAAGGAUGUUUUGCAAGUGACGUGGCAAAAGGACUCCGACAAAUCACAGAAUAAUAUAGCUACAUACAGUACUGCAGUAGGAUUAAACAUUCACAAGCCCUAUCAAGGCCGAAUGAGUGUGACAAGUCUGGUACUCAAUGAGACAAGUAUCACUUUUUGGGACAUAAGAAUGGAUGAUUCAGGCUGUUACAUGUGUCUCUUCAAUGUUUUCCCUUUGGGCUCCUUCUCAGGACGUACCUGCCUGAGUGUCCUUGGUCUCAGUGCGUCUGUCCAUUACAACACUUCCAAAGGUCAUUUGAUAGCUGUCUGUAAUGCUGUUGGCCUCCCAGAACCCACCAUCACCUGGAACAAUUUGUUCAAUUCUACUCCUACACAGAAGAUGGUCAGGCACACCAAUGGGAUGGUGUCCAUCACCAGUAAACUAGAGAUCUACAACACUCAGAGCAUCGGUGAGCAGGACUUGACCUGCAGAGUAAGCAACAUGAACGAAACAGUGGAAUUGCCCGUGAAAAUGAAAGGAGAAGAGGGAUCCUCGUUGCUUUGGCUGAUGAUUACUGUGGGGAUUUUAAUUGUCGUCAUAGUUCUGAUUCUGAUCAUGCUGUUCUGUGGGAAGAGGAUAUGCAGGAGGGGUUGAAGUGGAUCCUAGAGGAUUUCCAUUCACCUACCAGAUUGUUACAGCCCAGCAGCCUGAAGUCCACCUUACAAGCAGUGACUUGACUGGCUGGAAGGAAACAACAAUAAAAUAGAACGUACACUACCCUAUCUAGAUGCUGACUUGAUCCUGAAAAGACUAGCACAGUGUUUAUCUGGUCUAGACUCUUAAUCAUAAAAAGUAGGACCAGAGGGACCACUUAGUCCACUCUUCUACUGCCAGACAAAAUCUGCUUUGCUCGUGUCACCUAUUGGUAUGGAAAUUUUCUACUCUGCUCAUUCUAAACCUGUAAACAGAACAAUGACAGUGUAAGUCACUAAUUUAGAAGUGUUGUGAUCUAAAGAAGGAACCUAGAGUGAAUUACUCCAACUGUGUAUAAACAAUGCAUGUCUGGUUAACAUUAAAAUGACUGAUAGGAGGGGAUCAUCCUGCCUGGGGAUGAUGAUCCCCACAAGGUGGAUGAUUGUCUGAGAAGAAAAUCAGCAGUAACUGCGGAAAAGGUAAAGGCACCGGCUGGGGGGAGGAGACUGUAACCACCAACUCAAUCUAAGAUCAAGAAGACGUGCCCUCCACCUUUGAGUUUGCACAGAAGAAUUUAAAGACGCUGUAACUUCAAAUCAACACAAGGCAUGUUGUUAGCCAAUGAGGGACAAACUGAUAAGAAACUAAACAGUGGUCAUUACAGUAAAUGUAUAUUCAUGUAAUCUGAAGUUUAUAAAUAUAUUGAAGUUCUUUUGUGCAGUGUGCUAGUUUGGAAUUACCACCUAGCUCCCCACUCUGCGCAGGCAUGGAAUAAAUAAGUACCUCUGCUCUGUGCGUAUAUUGGCGUAUUGGACACCGGGUAAACGACCCCACUUGAGGGACAACAGUACUUCUAGUGUGCAAAAUGUAUUUGCCUUCUUCCAGUUGGGUUUUGAAAACAUUUGUGGAUGGAAGCUCUGCAAGCUUUUUGGGGAUCCUCUUCCAGUGCCUAAUUGAUCUUGUAAUAAAGAGGGAUUUAAAGUUUACCAACAUAUGUCUGCAAUUUUAUUUGCAGCAACACUACGUUCAUUGCCCUCUUCCUGUCAUCUGGUUUUCCUUCUCUUAUCCAGCUGAUACAACUCUUUUUUCUCAGUGAAUGUGCCAAUAACUGCAUUGCUUAACUCUCUCUGGAGAGACCUGCUGGACUCAAAACCCAGGACUCAAAUCACACCAAGUCUGGCAAAAAUUACCAGCAAAAGGGCUCCAAGCAGGUCACAGAUUAGAGGCAAUAGCAGCCACAGUUGGGAAAUAACAGAAGCAAUUUAUUUUAUUUGGCUUUUCUUUCUAAUCCUGGGGUGGUUUGUUUUUUAAUAUAUAAGUGAGAAGAUGGAAGGAAAGCCCAGUAGUGGAAGUAUUGGCAUCCCCGUCUUUCCUUUCUGUUUCGCUGUCACGUUCUUUCUGGGUUUUUUUUUCUGAAACAAUUCUGUUCGUACCCCAGCUUAUUCCUUGCUUCGCUGUCAAAUUGCGUGGGCUAGGUUUGUCAGUAGUUCUCACGGUCAUUUUAUGCACUGUUCAGAAUAGUCUCCCAUGUCUUCAUCCUUCUUUGUUGUGUCUUUUUGAACAGAGACAAACUGUCUGUUGCUGGCCAAAAGCCAUUAUUCCAUAUUUGGACCUUGUUGUGUGGGAUGUUACACUCUGAGCUAACUAUCGUCUGUCACUACUGUGAAUGUAUUUAAUAGUACCAGUGGGGAGUCUUACAGAGGUUGAAUUUACUGCUUUGCCAUGGUUUUGGGAGCAGAUAAAGACACUGCGUUACUCUUAGGAGCUGGGACUUAACUAUGCUCCUGCUCCAGGUACAAUCGGAGCUCCACGCCCCACCACAACCCCUAGUUGCUCCUCACUGCUUGCCCAAGCCUGCUGAUCUGGCCAUUUCCAGGCUUAAUGCUCCAGUUGCCUGUCCCCUCUACUUGCUGUGUGGCAGCAGGCUGCUCAUGAGAGCAGAGCUCUCCUGGGCUUGCCUUCCAGCUCAUUGUAUUUGUGAGGGGUGGGAGCCUCGGCAUGCCCUGUGCCUACUUCACGGGGUGAAGGUUCCUAAAAACAGGAGUACCUCUGGGCAUACUGACUUCAUGGCCCGUUUUAAAUAGACAGGCAGGAGGACUGCAGGGGGUCCUCUGGUGAUUUUUGUUCUGCUGAAGAAUGCUAAUGCUUAAGGGGUUUCUCACUCUUCCUUCUGUCUGAAUACUUGUCAUCACAUUGGGAUCACUACCAGUAUCCUCUGAUCUUUUGGGUUCAAUUAGCAUUUGUGCAUCUGAAGUAUUCCAUCUUACAAAGUGCAUAGCGUUUUGGAUUGUGCUUUUUAUGUCAUGUGUUUACCAAGAAUGUAAACUUCAGUCUAAAAAACCAGCAGAGAAAACUUAACAGAUGCAAGCCUUAUGACUAAGUGUUCAGAACCAAUACUUUGACUGGCAGCCUCUCUAGUGUCUGGUGAAAAGUUAUAUGUGCAUAUAUGUCUGUGUAUAUUACUGAGGAUGUGAGGGGGGGGACGUUUGCUGUUACUAUUGUAGGUGCAAUAUGAAUUAUUUAUGUAUAUAUUUCACUUUUUCUAAUUAAAAAAACCCAAACUGAUCCAACCAAAGCUCCAUCUGGUCCGUUUUUUUUCCUGCUUGUUUGGGAUACCAGAAACGCUUCAUUGCAUGUUGGGCUUUUUUCUAGUUUUAGGUUUACAAUUUGUAGUGUAAGUUUACACUUUGCUUCCUUUCUGUACAAAAAGUGGAACUUCAGGGUUUUUUUAGAGUGUUGGGUUGGGUUUUUUUAAAAAAAUUGGAGCAAAAGAACUUUUGAGAUAAAUUCACAGAAGUAUUUUUGGCUACAGCAGCUGCAGUUUACUUCAGAUUAUUUUAAAAUAAUCUCAGUGGAUAAAACCCCUGUAUUUUAAAUUUUUAGAGGUAUUGUGUGUGUGCUGCUUGUUGCUUAAUUAUUCUUUAUCUGAAGUUACAUGCUUUACUGAUGUAUUGACUAUCCUGUUUUCUG